CUCCCUUAACUUCUCACCAACCCAAACUCAAAACUUCAUAAAAUCUCUUACAAAGUUGUUUUCUUUAAUUGCUGGUUAAUUCUCUUGUUUCAAACAACAAUUCAUCAUGGCUUUGAUCAAAAGUAACGUCUUCUUUACUUCUUUGCUGAUUCUUGUUGCACUUUUUGGAGGUGCCAUUGGAGGAACCGUUCACAAAGUGGGUGACUCCAAAGGAUGGACGAUUAGCGUUGAUUACGAUGCAUGGGCAUCUUCAAAAACUUUUCAUGUGGGAGACUCUUUGGUCUUCGAAUACACUAAAGGUUCCCAUGACGUCACUGAAGUCACUCACAAUGAUUUUCAGCUGUGUGAAACGUCUAACCCGCUAACAAGAUAUGAGACCGGGUCUGAUACCAUCGUUCUAACCAAGCCAGGACUCCAACAAUUCCUAUGCGGAAUUCCUAGUCACUGCUACUUGGGACAGAAGCUUCAAAUCCAUGUCUUACCGGCCUCAUUAGGACCCAUCGCUGCUCCGGUACCUGGACCGGUCCGAUCACCAAGCUCUUCUUCGUCACGUUCACCGUUGGCUGAUUCACCGGUUAAGAGUGCUCCACAGUAUCAGAUGGGACCGUCACCAGCUCCACUUAGCGCAGCUUCAAAGUCUAGUGUUUGGAUCGGACUCUGCGUCCUUCCUUUACUUUCUCUAAUUUUCAUAUUAGUUUGAUAGAUUCACAGACGUUUUG